AGACAAACCCGGUUCUUGAUUCACAAACAACACCGUCCUCACGCAAAACAACUUCAGACGAGAUGGCCACUCCUUCCGGAAACGGGCCUGUUCAGCCCGGCAUCUUCGAAGACCUCCAGCGCAAGAUCGACGCAGACGCUGCAAUCAAAGAUGAACUAAGAGAAAUCGUCCAAACACUUGAGAAGCAGGACCGCAACACGCAAUCCAUCCUUUCAAGAGCUCAUUCCACGACCGCCCAAGACUUGCCCGUUGUGGUGCAAGCAGCACAGUCUAGCAUUCAGAAUGCAGUCGUCACGAUUCAGCAAUUAGCACAGGUCGCUUCAAACCACCCAUACUAUCGUUUCAAUUAUGCGUGGCAGAAGCAGAUUGAGAGCUCGACAUUCAACAUAUUGCUAUGCGGCUUUCUGGGUGGCUUCGGAAAGACGGAGGGCGGCCAGCUUCUGACGAUCGAUGAAGUCGGCGGCAUCAUGCAAGUACCAGUGAACGUCAAGGAUCGAGACGUCUUCCACUUGACGAUCGAAGAGUACCUCUUGGCGCUGAUCUCGCUCCUCGAAGAGCUGUCCCGGCUGGCUCGCAAUUCAGUCACGCUCGGAGACUACCAGCGUCCGCUGCAGAUCAGUCAAUUCAUCAAAGACGUCCACGCUGGCUUCCAGAUCCUCAACCUCAAGAAUGACGCUCUACGGAAGCGAAGUGACGGGAUCAAGUACAAGGUGAAGGAGGUGGAGGACGUUGUUUACGAUCUCAGCCUUCGUGGCUUAUUGACCAAGAGUUGAAUGCUUGCUGGUUCUGUCCAGUAUGCUGCGAAGACCAUGCGUAUCUGCUCUCCCGAGACCUCUGUCUCUCAGGGGACACGCCCGACAUAGACCGGUAGCACUUCCUGGCCUUUGCGGGUAGAGCUGAGCAGCAUAUGCUUCAUCGAAUCAAUCCCGAAUGGCGCCGUGCAUUGCAGCGCCUCUGUGGUCGCCAUUCGCAGCACAUUGAGUACUUGUACAAUCGCAGACUC